CUAAAAUUCUUGUUGUCGCUAAUUAGUGAGACCGUAAAAGAAUGGCGGAAAGCAUGAGUGGAUGUACAUACCGGGAAAUUUCAAUUUCCUCUAGUGUGGGAACAAGAUGGAAAGAAAUAAACGUCAACACAGGUACAUCAGCAAGUACUUUGCAAGAUAUCAAAGUUCCAGAUAGUUGUGGAGGAUACACUUACAAUGACAGUGGCUUAUCACAGUCUCCAGUUCGUAACCGCUUCAUUUACUGGAAAACCAGUAAAGAUAUUCUUGAAUUGGUUGAACAGAGUUUAGACUUUGACCUAGUUGGUUCUCAUGUGAUGUUCCGGUUUCAGGACACCCAGAUUUUAGAUGGAAUAUCAAUAACCGAGUCACAUGAUAGUGUUGUAAUCUUAGUAGCUACAGUUGCAAGUGUACACAGAUUAUUAUUUCCUCAUCCAGUUAAACUACAAAGACAGGAUAUGGGUUAUACUACAUCUGACCAGCCUAUUCCUUCCAUUUUCUUAAAUGCUUCAAUAGCUAAUGCCACAGACCCUAGAAACAAACACAUGAUCAACACAGCUGGUACAAUUACAUCACAAUUGAACUGUGCAUCCACAUUCUUGAAGACUGAUGGUGAAGCACUUUUUGCUUUUUCCAGUAAUGCUGGUAAUCUAUUGUUGGUGAAGAUGCCCCCUGUAGAUAAGGAAGGAGGUGUUGUCCAGCAGUUUGAGUUAGCACAGUCAUCUAUGAUGAAAAAAUUAUGGAGUGGUAUAAUGAGAAGUAACCAAGAUGUAUCUGAAUCCCCAACCAGUAUCGUUGUACAGCCAUUCAAAGGAGAUCCCUAUAUAUUUACAGUGUGUAGAGACUAUAAACUGAGGAUAUGGUCAGCAAAUACAUUUGAAUGUGUUUUUGUUUUUAAUAUGUUGGAUUUAUGUCCAGAAAAGGCCCAGAAUCACCCAACACCAUGUGCAGGGCAUUUAAUACGGAAAGUUCUCAGCAAUGAUGACAGCAACCUUAGAUUUAGUGUAUAUUUGAAUUUUCCCAAUGGAAAUCAGUUUGUUCACAUACAGCCAGAUGUAGGAAGAAUGCAUGUUCAUCACAUAGAAACAAUUAGUGGAAAUGAGGAUGACUUGAUAGAUUAUUGUGUAACAGAUGACCAGCUGCUGACUUUGUUGACUGACAAAUCAGGAGAAUGUACUGCAAGAAUCAGGGAUGAAAGAAGCCUGAACUGGACAGAAGUGAUUUUACAGUCAACUGAAGGUGAAGACUUGUUAGUCCCAUCACAUAGGGACCCAAGAGAGGUUUAUAUAGAACACAUAUUCCAUCCUGGGAGAUUUCACUUGCAAGACAUACGCAAAGCUUUAAAUGUCUGCAGGCGAUCUUUGGACAAUAUCUCUAUGUUUGAUAAUUUAGGACAAGUGAACACAUUGAAAGAAGAAGUGACCUUAGCUGUAGAAGAUGCUAUUCGCACAGCAGCCUCAGCCAAUGAAUUAGCUGAGGAAGACUAUUACCAAUUACAAUUAGAUGAGUGGUCCAAAUUCUACUCCUGUUGCACACAGUACCAUGAGGUUGGAUCCAGAAUGACAGGGUUGUUAGCUGACCCAGUCACAGGCAUGAUUUGUUUCAUCAAAAAGGGUGGAAUAAGUUAUGUGAGGCAAUGUGACAGGAUAGAAGAACUAUUCCUUGGUAGUGGUCAGUGGUUAGAACAGGAAGAAAAUGACUUGCAAGAUCUAUCCCUAAAGGAUGAUAUACGAACAUUAUCUGAGUGUCUACAGCUGGUUGAUGGAAAGUUAACAGAAGAUAUAACUGCUCAAUUUGAAUACCAGAUUUCUCUUAAAGAAGAUGUGAAGAAUCUUGCAGAACAGAUUGUAGAUGAAAUGUUCUUUAAUACAAGUCUGAUAGACAAUUCAACAGCAACUGAUUCACUGGCUUACCUUCUACAAAAUAUGGAUGACAUACAACUGGCAUUGAGAACAGUUUUACAGUCACUAGACAUACAACAGAGAGGAGCAGGAGAACAAGACUUCAUGAUGGACACUUCAGAUAUCAAUGCCAACCAGAAACUUUCAUGUGAGAGACUGUUUAUAAGUUCUACUGGUGUUGAUAUCUUGUCUAAAUCACUCCAACAGAUAUCAGCCAUUCGACUCAUCGUGGUCACAGAUUUACUUAUUCUAAUGGUUGCAGCACUAAGGCUUGAAGAUAAGUCUGGUCUUACACAAACAAGUGCAUCUGAAAUUGAUGAUGAAUUGAUACCAAAUACAUGUGUGCUUAUUAAAGCCUACAUGACAUUGAAAUGGACAACAGAAACAAUCGCAACCAGUGCACAAACAAGUUCCAUGGAGUUUAAUGUGAGACAGUUGGCCUCCUUGGAAAUAGGACCAGGAUUAGGUGGUAUUCAGUUCAAGGGAGGCAACCAGAACAUGACUAUCACUGAGAUGUUUUUGAAGGGAGAAGGAGGAAAUCAAGUGAGAAUAAAGCUUGCCAAAACUGGAUGCAUGGAUGAGGACCCAUGUGCUACAUGGACCAUAGCAGUGUUGGGACUUGCAAGAUUUACAGCUGAAUUAUUAUGGCCAAUUAAUGAAAGCUUUUUAUUCCCAGAACAUCUAAUGGAAUGUUGUCAGUAUCUACCCCUUCAGCAAUAUGUUAAUCAGCUUAGCGAGUUUUGUGAUGUGAACGAGUCGUCCCUCAAAUUCAUGCUAGGAAUGGCUUAUUUGCAUUUUGAUGAACCAGAAAAAGCCACACAGUGCUUUACUGAGGCUAGUAAAGGGGUUGCCAAUGAACCAUUUCUCAGAGAAAAGAUUAUCCAAUCAGACGAAGUAGAAGUUAGACAGUUGGAAGUUCUUUAUUACCUAAAGGUAUUGAAGCAGUUUGAAGAAUUUGGUGCACCUGAUGUUGUGGUUUCAUUUGCCAAGACAGCCAUUAGUAUAGCAGAUGAUGAUGAUCCUAAUGUGGCAACUUUAUGGUCAAAGGUGUUUAAGUAUGAAUUAGAAUUAGAGCACAAUGAAGAGGCUUACAGUGCUAUGAUUGCCAACCCAGAAUCUUCAAGGAGGAAGGAUUGUUUAAGACAGUUACUAGUGACAUUAAGUGAGAGAGGAGAUCUACAAUCUAUUGUUUCCUUUCCAUACAUUGACCUUGAAGAUGAAGUUGUGUCCAUACUAGAGAGCCGAGCCAGAUCUGUGGAUUUGACAUCACAGAAUUAUUAUGACUUGUUGUAUGCCUUUCAUGUCAACAGAACAAACUGGAGAAAAGCUGGAAGUGUGAUGUAUGAACAUGCAAUGAGACUGAGUCGUGAAUGUCCUGGAAAAAGAGGUCUGCAGAGACAAGCACAAUGUUAUUUGGCAGCUAUGAAUGCAUUACGGCUAGUGGAUUCUCAAUAUGCUUGGAUUGUUAAGCCUGUUCCUUCUGCUAAACCAAAGGUAUUCCAUGGCGAUUACACUGUAUAUUCACCAAAGCGUUUAUACGAUGGGAUUGAGAAGCAAGAAAUUAUGAUGAAGAAGCUGGAGAUUGUUGAACUUGUUGAUAUUGAGAAAGAGUUUAUGUUGGUGGAUGCUAGACUAAGAUUGUAUGGAAAAGAAUCUGACCAAGGUUUUCAUUCUGGGCCGAUCUCCCGCCCAGAUGAAAUUGUAGGACAGCUAGUUAAUGUAGGACUCUAUGACAGAGCUGUGAUUAUAAGUCAUUUGUUCAAUCUCAAAUUACAUACUGUAAUGGAAAGUUUAGCAUUAAGAUGUGUCAAUUUAGCAAGAUCAAAUGUUGGUAUCAUGGCAACAGACUGUUAUGACUGGCUUCAGGAUAAUAAUGUGACCUUGUCUUGUGUAAUGCAGAAUUCAAGUGCAGCAGAUAUGGGCUGGAGUUUAUUACAAAACUACCUGGAGAUGUAUGAAGAGAAAACAUCACAGUAUCACAGAUGUGUGGCUGUUAAACUUUUGUCACAUGGGUUCCCACUACCAACAUGGCUUGUCAACUCAUUCAAGAAAAUAAACAUGAGUGAGUUACUAAAGAUUUAUAUAGAUUUUGACUUGUUAGAAGAUGGAGUCCUGUUGACCAUGGAAUAUAUUGAUGCUGUUGUUGAUUCUUUAACUGGUCAAGAAAGAACUCAGUUUGGUUUAAAGGGUUGUGGAACACAAAUUUCCCAAUCAUCAUGGCUACCAUAUACAUACAUAGAUCAACUACUAUUAGGAUUAAAAGAUAAUAGACACGAACGAAUUUAUGAGUUGUAUGACACUCUCCACACAAAGCUGCUGCAUUAUUUUAGGAGAGUAGAAACUUUGUCAGACCUAUCAACAUCACCUUAUUGAGUGACUCAGGCUAUCAACAUCACCUGAUAGAGUGACUCUCAGGCUAUCACCAUCACCUGAUUGAGUGACAGAUAAACCAUGCUAUUAAAAUCACCUGAUAAAGAGGCAGAUAAAUCAGACAAGUUCUAUUAACAUCAAUGAUUAAAAACUUUUAAAUGAUUGACAAAGAAUGAACUAUUUAAUUUGUUCCUUCAUUAAAAUUUUGAUGUCACUACCAUUA